GGCGGCGAGCGAUGGAUGAGGACAACAUGACGAGGAGCGAGGAGCAGGAGCUGAGUCUGCAGAAGGCGCUGCAGCAGUGCGAGCUGGUCCAGAACAUGAUCGACAUCAGCAUCUCCAACCUGGAGGGGCUCCGCACCAAGUGCGCCGCCUCCAACGACCUCACGCAGAAGGAGAUCCGCACCCUGGAGAGCAAACUGGUGAAGUACUUCAGCAGGCAGCUGUCCUGCAAGAGGAAGGUGGCCCUGCAGGAGCGCAAUGCCAAGCUGGAGGGCUUCCCCCAGCUCCUGCACUGGUUCCGCAUCGUCGACAUCCGCAAGGAGGUGAUGGAGGAAAUCGCCCCUGGGCAGCUCAGCCUGGAGGAUCUGCUGGACAUGACCGAUGACCAGGUCUGUGCCACCGUGGAGAAGUUUGGGGCCAACAGCGAGGAGUGUGCCCGGCUGAACGCGUCCCUGUCCUGCCUCCGCAGCGUCCACAAGUCUGGCGGGAGCCUCUCCAAGCAGGACUGGACCAUCCAGUGGCCGAGCACGGAGCCGGGCAAGGAGAACAGCCCUGGCUGCGCCCCGGAGCCGGGGCCCUGGGGCAGGACGCACCCGAGCCCCAAGGUACAGCCCAAGUGCGGGCAGCACCACUGCCACGCCGGCUCGUCCCACGGCCCCGCGUACACCCACGUGGACCGGCUGACCGUGGAGGGCCACCCGGGGCUGUGCCCGCCGCUGGAGUCCGGGCACCGCUCGCUGCCGCCGUCCCCCCGGCAGCGCCACGCCGCGCACACCCCCCCGCGCACCCCCAACAUCGUCACCACCAUGACCCCGCCGGGGACCCCGCCCGUGCGCCGCAGGAACAAACUGAAGCCCCCCGGGACCCCCCCGCCCUCCUCGCGGAAGCUGAUCCACCUCAUCCCGGGCUUCACGGCGCUGCACCGGAGCAAAUCCCACGAGUUCCAGCUGGGGCACCGCGUGGAUGAGGCGCACACCCCCAAAGUCAAGAAGAAGAACAAGCCCCUGAACCUCAAGAUCCACAACAGCGUGGGGAGCUGUGAGAACAUCCCAGCACAGCGCUCCCCUCUCCUCUCCGAGCGCUCCCUGCGCUCCUUCUUCGUGGGGUACCCGCCCUUCCUGCCCUCCACCCCGCCCGUCCACACCGAAGCCACCUUCUCAGCAAAUACGCUGUCAGUGCCUCGCUGGUCCCCGCAGAUCCCCCGUCGGGAUUUAGGAAACUCCAUAAAACACAGGUUUUCCACCAAGUACUGGAUGUCUCAGACCUGCACCGUCUGCGGGAAGGGAAUGUUGUUCGGCUUAAAGUGCAAAAACUGCAAGCUCAAGUGCCACAACAAAUGCACCAAAGAGGCCCCUCCGUGUCACCUGCUGAUCAUCCACCGCGGAGGGAGACGAGCCGGUCGGGGCGAGGCAGAUUUGCAUUGCAAACCACUUCCACCCACCCUCCCCCUGCCUCCUUUUCUUUUCAGAUUCCCCACCGCACGGGCAAGGUUAGUCCGGACAGAGUCGGUGCCCUGUGACAUCAACAACCCCCUGAGGAAGCCCCCCCGGUACUCGGACCUGCACGUCAGCCAAACGCUCCCCAAAACCAACAAACUCAACAAGGACCACAUCCCGGUGCCCUACCAGCCCGAUUCCAGCAGCAACCCCUCGUCCACCACAUCGUCCACGCCGUCCUCGCCGGCCCCACCGCUGCCCCCCAGCGCCACCCCCCCGUCCCCGCUGCACCCGUCCCCGCAGUGCCCGCGCCAGCAGAAGCAGUUCAACCUGCCAGCCUCCCAUUACUACAAGUACAAGCAGCAGUUCAUUUUCCCAGAUGUGGUGCCUGAGACGCCGACCCGAGCCCCACAGGUUGUCCUGCACCCUGUCACCUCCAACCCCAUCCUGGAAGGAAACCCAUUGCUUCAAAUUGAAGUGGAGCCCACCUCGGAGAACGAGGAAGGCGCCGAGGAGGUGCAGGAGUCCGAGGACGACUUUGAGGAGAUGAACCUCUCGCUGCUCUCCGCGCGCAACUUCCCGCGCAAGGCCAGCCAGACCAGCAUCUUCCUGCAGGAGUGGGACAUCCCCUUCGAGCAGCUGGAGAUCGGCGAGCUCAUCGGCAAGGGCCGCUUCGGGCAGGUGUUCCACGGGCGCUGGCACGGCGAGGUGGCCAUUCGCCUCAUCGACAUCGAGCGCGACAACGAGGACCAGCUCAAGGCCUUCAAGAGGGAGGUCAUGGCCUACCGGCAGACCCGGCACGAGAACGUGGUGCUCUUCAUGGGGGCCUGCAUGAGCCCUCCCCACCUCGCCAUCAUCACCAGCCUGUGUAAAGGACGGACUCUCUACUCCGUGGUGAGGGAUGCCAAAAUUGUCCUGGAUGUCAACAAGACGAGGCAGAUAGCACAAGAAAUUGUGAAGGGAAUGGGGUACCUGCAUGCCAAGGGCAUUCUCCACAAGGACCUCAAGUCCAAGAAUGUCUUCUAUGACAAUGGGAAGGUGGUGAUCACCGACUUUGGGCUCUUCAGCAUCUCUGGAGUUCUCCAAGCAGGCAGGAGGGAGAACAAGCUGCGGAUCCAGAACGGCUGGCUGUGCCACCUGGCUCCCGAGAUCAUCCGGCAGCUGUCCCCGGACACUGAGGAGGACAAGCUGCCCUUCUCCAAGCACUCGGAUGUCUUUGCACUGGGCACCAUCUGGUAUGAGCUGCACGCCCGGGAAUGGCCCUUCAAGACUCAGCCAGCAGAGGCAAUAAUCUGGCAGGUGGGAAGAGGGAUGAAGCCCAACCUCAGCCAGAUCGGGAUGGGCAAGGAGAUCUCGGACAUCCUCCUGUUCUGCUGGGCCUACGAGCAGGAGGAGAGACCCACCUUCACCAAGCUCAUGGACAUGCUGGAGAAACUGCCAAAGCGCAACCGCCGCCUUUCCCACCCGGGGCACUUCUGGAAGUCAGCAGAGCUGUGACGGGAGGAGUUGAGGGACGGUGCCUUCCUCCCCCAGCGGGUCUCCUCUUCCUCUCCGCUUCCCACCCUGCACUAAGGAGGAGCAGCGGGGCCGACAGCGGGCCGGGAACGAGACUCUUCCCCCGCAGCGUUUCAUCAUCCCGGGAAUCCUCUCUGCGCGGGCGGGAGGAGCCGGAGCAGCCCCGGGGACGCCCGGCUGCGCUGGGAUGGGGACAGCGGGCAAAUCUCCGUGCUCAGGCCCUGGGGACAGUCCCCAGCCCCCCCCCCCAGCAGGGCUGACCCACAGGACAAUGACUUCAGUUCAUCACCAGGGCUCCUCUGAUCCCCAUCCAGCGCUCACGAUGAUGCUCGGUUGGGGAGGGCUUGUUCUCGGUUCUCUGUGGGUUUAUUUAAUUCCCUUUAUUUAUUUCUUUGCGGUUUUGUCAUGAAAAAAGGGAGAACGUCGCUGACGUUCCUGCGGGGCCAGGGAGCGCCACUGCCAUUAGCUGUCCCCCGCGGGGAAAUGCAUCUGUCCCGCUGCCCCCGCAGCCCCUUCGUGGGCAGCGCUGACCUUUCACAAGUGGCUUCUCUCCCUCCCAGCCGCGGCCACUUGUGUGUCCCCCCGCGGGUCUCCCUCCCAGCGGGGCCCAUUCCACAUUCCCGUUAAUUUAUCCUCUUCUCCCGUGGUGUGUCUCAUCAGCCAGCCCUGCCCUCUCACUGCCCUGCUCCUGCCUCUGCUCCUCGCUGCCAAAACCCCGAGUUUGGGGAUGCUCUGGGGCUGGGAACAGCAGGGCAGCUGGAAUUGGGAUCCAUCCUCUCUCCUACAGCCUUCCCGGGCUCAUUCCUACAGGCUCUGGUUGUACAGAGCAUUCCCAGCCCCACCUUAGCACAUCUCAGCCAUGCCCAGCACCAUUCCCCCCCACAUACUCAUCUCCCAUCAGCCAAAUCCCAGAGUUUUCCAAAAAAUCCUCUUUGGGAGCUGCUGUUGCCACCUGAAUUCCAUGUGCUGGUAUUUCCCCCUGCCCCCAGCUCAGAUGGGCCCUGCAGCCCCUCAGACGAGCUGUCAGACGAGAGUAAAUAGCAUUCCCAGGCUCUCAUGGAGCAUAAUUGCUUGACAGGAACCAUCCCGGAUAAUUCAAUUGUAGUCUCAGUUCGCUUUAAUUUGGAGCCUGACGAGGCUUUGCAAACUGAACCAGCUCUGGUUUGUCUGGCUGCUCCUCCAACUCCUCCUUGCUGCUGUGGGAAGUGCUUUAGCAUAA